CUUUGACCCGUGAAAUUUUCAAUUAUUGCCCUAAUAUAAAGACCUCGCGGUUUGUUUUCGAAUCGACGAGGCAAAACAUUGAGAAAUAAUUAUAUCAAACUCUGUCUAUAUAAAACGAUGCUGUGAACACCAUUUGACCACAGAAAAGAUUUUCAUCUCAACGAUAGAUACAAACUUGGAUAAAAAUGAAGUCUCUAGUGGUGAUCGCAUCGAUGGUAUCAGUGAUCUUCGCGACACCAGAAUAUUACGCUGGAGGACAAUAUCCAUAUCAAGGACCAUCGGCGCCAAUUGGCCACGAUGGAAGGGUAAUUGAUACACCGGAAGUGGCAUUCGCAAAGGCAGCUCAUUUGCAAGCAUAUGCCGAUAUUGCCGCAAGAAUACCUUUCGCAGGACCUUCAGACGAUUACGAGGGAAAUAAUAGUCACGAUAACAAUGAUUAUAAUCAAGUUCAUAUGUAUAAUUCACAUCCGUAUGCAAGUGGAUCCUAUGGUUAUUCAUCACCCGCGCAAUUUAGCAGUAGAAUCUUUCAUGUUCCCCAAGGAUAUCAUGGACCAUCUGCUCCACUAAAUCACGAGGGCAGAGUGAUUGACACGCCGGAAGUUGCGCAAGCCAAAGCAGCUCAUUUCGCGGCAUUACAACAUGCGGGAAGUGCGGGCGCGUAUAAUUCGCAUCAUCCCCAUGAAUCACCAGCAAAAUUUGCCUAUGGUGUGAUUCCACCUCCUCCUCAUCAUCAACAUAAUUACGCGGCUCCAAUUUACGGAGUCGGAAAUUAUCAUGGACCAUCGGCUCCUUUGGCUCACGACGGCCGAGUCAUUGACACACCGGAAGUUAAUCAAGCAAAAGCCGCUCAUUUCGCUGCAAUUGCCAAAGCCACACAUGGACCUUAUGGACACUACGGAAUUUAUUAAAUUC